AUGUCCAACUACGUUCGACCCAUACCUGGAACGGCCUUUCUGACUACUCCUUCAGAGGUCAUUCCUGUCCCUACACCCUCCACAUCUCCAGAUGAUCCUCUCAACUGGUCCAAACGUCGCAAACUUGUGUCCAUGAUGUGCAUGAGUCUUUUUACCCUGAGCUCGGGAGUUUGCACAGCCUCCAUCUACUCCAUCCUUGUGCCCAUCUCUCUACAAACAAACGUGUCCCUCAGUACUCUCAAUCAGGGCACGGGCUACAUGUUUCUGUUUUUGGGCCUCGGAUGUUUGUUCUGGCAACCCAUAGGACAGCAGUACGGUAAGCGUCUGGUAUACAUUGUAUCACUGCUGCUCACUGUGGCCAGCCAAGUCUGGGCUGCCCAUGCUCACAAUACAAGUGCCCACUGGAUUGGCUCGAAGAUCUUCCAGGGCUUUGUACAAGCCCCGAUUGAGUCACUCUGCGAAGUGACCAUCUCUGAUGUGUUCUUUGAGCACGAAAGGGGCCGAUGGAUAGGUCUUUAUGCCUUCAUGCUCAUGUUCAGCAACUACAUUGCGCCUGUUAUUGCUGGACCCAUCGCUGACGGGCAGGGCUGGCAGUGGGUGCUCUACUGGGGCGCUGUGUUUUGUGGAGUGGUCAGCAUCAUCUUGUUCUUUCUUUGUGAAGAGACCAACUGGACCCGAGGAGCAGACUUCAAGGAAGAGGUGGUCAUGACUCCGUUUGGAGGCACGGGCGUAGCUGCUGGGCUGGCGGCUUUGGAGGAAGAAGACAAGAAGUCCUCGGCCGCCUCCAACAACUCCGUGGCAAACGGCUCGGUCAUUUCAAUCCACCAGAAAACUUACUGGCAAAGGCUGUCUUUGCUGGACAAACCUCGACCCAUGAUGCUUUGGACUAUGUUUGUGCGACCUUUCAAGCUUGUCACGUACCCCGCCAUCGUCUACUCAGGUUUUCUCUACGGCACUGGACUCAUCUUCUUCAACAUUUUGAACGCCACAGCAUCUCUCAUCUUUUCUGCCGAGCCCUACAACUUCAGCGCGACCAACGUGGGUCUGACUUAUCUUAGUCCUGCAUUUGUGUCGGGUGUGCUGGGAUGGGGAGCAGGACAUCUCAGCGAUUUCAUCAAAGUCUGGUUAGCUAGACGAAAUCGAGGAGUUAGCGAAAGCGAGCACCGACUCUGGAUAUUGUUGGUUUAUCUCAUUCUGGUUCCUCCGUCACUAAUGAUCUGGGGUUUUGGCGCAUCUCGGGGCUUUAACCCAGGACUACUCAUCCUGGCCAUGGGACUAAUUGGAGGUUCAGGAACAGUGUGUGCAACAGCGUCGGUGACGUACGCCAUUGACAGCUACAGAGAUAUCGCAUCGGAUAGCAUGGUCACCCUUAUCAUCAUUCGGAACUUGGUUGGCUUCUGUGUGAGUUAUGGCAUCACCGAUUGGGUGACAAACGAGGGUCUCGAAAAGUGUUUCGGCGAAGCAACAGGCUUGUGCGUGGCCUGCAUCCUGCCCAUGUUUGCAGUCAUUUGGUUUGGAAAGAAAUGGCGUGUCAAAACGAAGGAGCGAUAUUGGCAAAUGGUUGACGAGAGUCGAAGAAGUGGCAUGGCCUUCUAG